CGUGCUCCGGGGGCCCAGUACUGUUCAAAGAUGCAGGCUGCUGGGAUGUUGCGUGGUACCAGGGCCAUCUCCCUUCUGGUGCUCCUGGUGCCUCUCAUUGAUUACGCUUAUUCGAGCCCCCUUCAGUACCUACCCAACAUCCCCGGAUACAUUCCCGUUUACGUAAGAUAUGGAGAUGAACCGCUAGAGGAAAUAAAUCCCGAACUGGCCGAAGCUUUCGGAGAAACAUCCAGUUCGGUUAAGAGUUUGCAGAAAAUAGAUCGCACGCUCGCGCACGAGACCGACAACUUCAAAGAUGAUGAUUUAAACGUGUUUUUGGAGGAGUCGAAGAGCAAGCACGCUUAUCCGUUGCACGUUAGAGAAGCGGAAAGCCGUUCGUUCGCCAACGUCGAUAGUGACGACUCUAACAAGCCAAAGCUUCUAACUAUCUAUACAUUACCCGAUGAUAAAGAGAGCAGACCGCGCAGACGCAAUCGAGAAAGAAACCGGAUGAAAAGUUGGAAGCCCCCCGCGUUCAAGGUCAGUCCGCUCUCGGAUGAGGAAAAGGAGGAGUUGAAAAAGCUGGCGAUCGAAGUCGAAGAGGAAGAAACCAAACCCAACGAGUUCUACUUUCCAAAUUUUAAGAACGGCUCACCUGCACCGUCUGACAAAGCGCACAGUCGGCACAAAACGCUCGACUUUCUCGUGCCGUUAAAAGUGCAGAGUCCGUUCGACGACGAUUCCUUGGCGAAUCUGCCGGAUAUUCCGCAAAUCACAGAUCCGCCCCAAUCCUCAGACGAUGUCGCCACAUCCGAAGAUGAUAAACAGGAACCGCCUGUCAAGCAACAACGUCCGUCCUCACUUUUAUCCAAUGUAGAUAAAAUGUCGCCCGUCGAUCCGUUAGAAGACAGCAAACUCGACGAAGCUAACAGAUUCGAAUUCGGCGAAGAGAACCCAUUGAGCAACGAAGCGAAUCUGCCGAAAAUUGAUCAAACCGCGGAAAAACAACUUACAAAGAAAGUGCCAGAAAUUUCCGACGACACCAAUGACGUAACGAAAUCUAACGAUUGCGAUACAGUUUCGUCUAAAUCCAAUAAAAAGGAUUUUCCUGUUAAAGUGCAACGACCGGAUUCAAUUUUGUCGAAUGUAGAUAAACUUUCACCCGUCGAUUUGCCAGACGAAAGCGAAAGUACACAGAAUGAGGCGAGAAAUUCUACGGAGUUGAGCGACGAAAUGAUAGCGGAUUCCUGAAAAUUAAUUUUAGAACACAAUUCUUUCGUAACUUAUUUGUGUGUAGUUAUAUAAUAUCGCAAAGUUCCAAGUAGAAGCCAUUUGCGAUAACAAAAUAAAAACAUUUCUAUUCAUUUCAGUUUGCAUUGUUUUGUCAAGAUGUUCACGCUAUUGUGGGGAAACGCAAUGAAGUUCUCCCGAUGUCUGCUUCUACGUUCGAGUUUGUAUAGUUCAAUAUUGUAAAUUAUAUGUUGACAAGAUAUAUACGUUAUUGUGUAAAGUUACUUCGGAACAUUUUUAAAAUAAAGAACUUUCUUCGA